AGUUGGCCGCAAUUAAAACAAACUCCGCCGUAUAACUCGCGUAUCCCUUUGCAUAAAAACAUAUGGCCUCGCUAUAAAAAUGAUGGCUGGAGAACACUGCCCCGUUAAUAGCCCGCGGACUGAUUUAUACUUUAUUGUUCUGCUCCCCCCCGCCACGUGACCGGGGCAGCCAAUGGGCGCCGGGGCUGCCCCCAACUUAUUACUGACUCUACUUCUCCGCCGGCACCGAGUUGGUGCGGGGAAGCCCCGCAGCCCCGAAUUGCGGCGGGUCCGGCGCCCCCGCCGCGCCGAGCCGCGCCAUGUCGGCCCCCGGGACCCUCAGCAACUACUACGUGGACUCCUUCCUGGUGCCGGAGGGGGACGAGCUGGCGGCGCCCCGCUACGCCCCCCCGCCGCUGGGGCCGCCGCCGCCUCCUCCUCCUCCUCCGAGGCCGGCGGCGCUGGGCGAGCACCCCGAGCUGGCCCCCUGCAGCUUCCAGCCCAAGGCGCCCGUCUUCGGCCCCCCCUGGAGCCCCGCGCACCCCGGCGGCGCCAGCGGCGUCCCCGCCGUCUACCACCCCUACGCGCACCACCAGGCGCCCGUGGCACCGCCCGACGGCAGGUACAUGCGUUCGUGGCUUGAGCCUGUGCCGGGCUCCUUGUCCUUCCCCGGGUUACCUACCAGCAGGCAUUACGGCAUUAAACCUGAACCGCUGGCGGCCAGAAGGGGUGACUGUACCACGUUUGACACUCACACUUUGUCUCUGUCUGAUUAUGCUUGUGGUUCUCCUCCAGUUGAUAGGGAUAAGCAAAGCCACGAAGGCGCAUUCUCUGAAAGCAAUGGAGAAAGUGAGGCAAACGGAGAGAAACCCCAGAUCGAUCCAAAUAACCCCGCUGCAAACUGGCUCCACGCAAGGUCCACCAGGAAAAAGCGGUGCCCUUACACCAAGCAUCAGACGCUGGAACUGGAAAAGGAGUUUCUGUUCAAUAUGUAUCUCACUAGGGACCGUAGAUACGAGGUGGCCAGACUCCUCAAUUUAACUGAGAGACAAGUGAAAAUCUGGUUUCAGAAUAGGAGGAUGAAAAUGAAGAAAAUCAACAAAGACCGAGCGAAGGACGAAUGAUGGUGAUACGCGGGUUACACUGAAAAUGCGUACAGUAAAACAAAAACAAAGUUAAAAACAACAACAACAAAAAAAUCCUCCCCUCGAGCCCUGCCAUGCAAUGCGUCUGGGUCCAGGCCUCAUUUUUUUUCCAUGGCAUAUUCUGGUUAUGAUUGUACCUUGAUUGUCACUGUAGCAUGGAGAGGCCAGUUUGCCAGGAGAGGUACAGUAAGACUUUUAAUUUUCUAAUAGGAAAGAAAAAGGGGGCAUUAGCACGAAAAGGCUGUCUAGCUGGCUUGUAUAAAUCUACCUGUUUCUUCACUUAUGAAAAAAAAAAAAGAACAGAAAAAACUACCUUUUCAUAAUGCACAACUAUUUACGGACUGUAUAGUUUAGCCUACGUAGUUAAUUUUAUUCGCUCUUUGCGCGGCAGAGAGAUCUCUGCUUUAAUACUUGAACACUGUGUUUUAUUGUGGUAAUUAUGUUUGUGACUCAAUUUAUGUGCUUGGGUGCUGUACCGGAUGUAAUUGUGUAAGCUAGAAUUCAAUUUGAACUCAGGUUGUUUAUUAUAAAAAUUGCAUAGAGUAUAGCUCUGUAGUGUAUUAAGUCUUUUCUGUAUAAUUAGACAGUUAACCUUUGAUUGUAAAAUAUAUAUAUUAUAUAUAUCCCAAUUUAAACACACAAAAAAAAAAGUAGAAAAGAAGUUUGUCCGGGAUGUCUGGGAAUUAUGGUUCUCAAAAUAUUUCGAAGCAAGUCGUUUUAGUAUGCACAGUUGAUAUAUAUAUAGUACUGUCUUUGUCAGUUGUAUAUAUAAUCUAUAUAUUAAAAAGUAAAUAAACAGACUAGCUUAAAUAUUGUUUUUGCACCAGUGAGCAGUUAUCAGAUUUCGGAGCUAUACGUAUAUGUGAAAAGGGUAACUACCUAUGGUUUACGUUUUAAUUUUAAUCGAAUAAUUUGAUGGUUAUUGUAAUGAAGGUUAAUUUUAUUGAUAAUAAAUUAUACGCUAUAAAAACCUACAUUUGGUUAUUGUAAAUUUUUAUCGCUUAGAAAAAAAUAAAUCUGGGAAGUGAUGUCGAUGCAGAACGUACACUGUCUAUUUUGAAAUGGUUACCUCAUGGCCUACUGACCAAAUCGUUGUGUUGAAAUGAUAUUUAACUUUUUGCCAAAUAAAAUAUAUUGAUUCUUUUA